UUGCAAUUAAAGAAAAUAGUUGAAAAAAAUCUCGUAUUUAUAUUCUUAUUCGUUUUAGUUUAUCGCUGCACGAAAGAUGAAAUAUUUAUUAUUUUUUUAUUUAAAUAUUUUCAGCCAAAACAUAAAAAAAAAUGGAUUAAUGGAAAAAAUAUUGUAAAAUUUCGUUUAAAAAAUAUUUGUGAUAUUUUUCAGGAUUUCGAAGAGCAUAUGAAAUAUGGAAUUUUUUUCGAUGAUGAUUAUGAUUACAUGCAACAUUUACGAAGUCUAAAUGAGAGGUUCUUCAAAUUUAAAUUUUUAAAUCAUCCAGAUAUAAUUUUUUUGGUGAAUGAUUUCUUUAAAGAUGUCGUACCCGAUCCUGAAAUAGUUGCUGCUCUUGAUGGUAAUUUCGAUUUCGACAAUCCUGAAAAUAUUCUCGAGGAUGAUUUUAUUCUAAAAGCUUGUGAUGGUGAACUACCACCUAAAAUGCCGACAAAAUCUAUUAGUGAUGCUGAUUUUGAAAUAAGGCAUCCUGAUACAAGUAGUGAAAGUGAUGAUGAAAAUGAUGUCAAUGAUGAAAUGGAUUUCGAUGAUUUCAGUGUGGAAAUGGAGGCUGAUGCAGUUGAUUCAAAUGAGGAAUUUAAUCAAAUUGAAGUUGAAGCUAGUGGACCUAAAAAAGUGGAUUGGGACUGUGAAUCAAUUCUUACUACUUAUACCAAUAUUUAUAAUCAUCCAACUAUUAUAAAAGAUCCUUGCAGAAAACGUAAAAUAAAGCCUUCAAACGACAUUGAAGUGAAUAUUAAUAUGGUUGACAUUGAUUCACAAUCAUUAGCAUCAACUCGAACUGUAUCGACUAUGAGACCACCUGGUGAAACAUCUGAAGAACGAAAAUUGCGAAAAAAUGCAAUAAAAGAAUUGCGUAGAGAACGACGAGCAGAAAAGAAAAGUAAUAAGUUAGCAUAUAAAAAAGAACGAUUAAAACUUUUUCAAAGUGGUACUCAAGUGAAAAUGAGGCGUUUGGUUUGA